CUGCCGCGCCCGACGCCCGCGCCGUGCCAGACGCCGGCGCCGCGGGCCCCUCGCGGGAGGGCAGCGCGGCGCGGGGGCGCGGUGCCUGCAGCCACGAGAGUAGCGGCCGCAGCGCGUCCGAGCGCCGCUUCCGCGAGCAACCUGCUGGCGACGAGCAGGCGAAGGAGGAGAUGCUGCGCCUGCUGCGGACGUUCCGCAAGGGGGACGUGAUGGUCAAGGUGGGGGACAUCGAGCCCAUACUGGAGGUGCUGAACCUGAACAGGCUCUUCUCGACGAAGCCGCCCCGGGAGAACGUUACGGUGGACCCUGGGUUCUUGGUGUACCGAGGGGUCGCAGGCGUCAACGUGCCAGCGACCUUCGGGGAACUGCACCAAACAGACGUAGUCCCAGCCACGUGGACGGGAGGCAGCGUGACCCUCGGGGGCCACGACUUCUUGCAGCAGCAGGACGGCUUCCGGCCCAGCAGCGUGCCCGAGGGCAAUUUCACCAUGUUCCCGCGCCUGUGGGUCCAGAUCAAGUGCUCCUCCUGGUCGCACAGGGAGAAGCGCAGUUCCAAGAGCAAUGCCGCUGGGCUUGGGCCCAUCCGGCACGGCUCCCUGGGCCCGAUCCCCGACGUCGGGCCGGGCGGCCCAGCGUGGGAUGCGUCGUGCUCACUCAUGCAGGCUGUCAACGAGGAGGCCCGGCCAGAGAAGGGGCUCGCGACGCUGAAGACGAUGCAGUCGCAGGACGAUUGGGAGGUCGGCCGCCGCAACGCGGCCUCGCGGUCCGGGAGCGUGGUGUCCACCUUCGGGGCCGAUAACGAGAGGAUCGACCACAAGGUUGUCCUCGCGGUCAUAUCCGGGCACGCUCGCCACGGCAUCCGCAUAGGCCAGCACGAGCGGAGCUCCAUCUACAGCAUCGAGGACCUGUACGGCCAGGGCGAGGAGGUGUGCCUCGGCGGGUCCCCGACGGAGGUGGAGUUCGAGCUAGAAUUUCGGCAGAUUUGCAAGUCGGGGUGAAAUGUCAGGGGUCGGCGUUUCCGGUGAACGUUCCGCCGGGCGCCGGGGUCGGCGUUUCAAGGGAACGUUCCGAUUUCGGCCAGAUGUGGGGCCCCGGAGGAGGAGGAGACACGAUAUCAAGCACUUCAGGAUGAUGCUCGAACCAAAACAAGCGAUUCCCCAACAUUGGCGAAGGCGGCGGGUUUUCACAUCCCGAGGGUCCCAGUCCUUCGUGUUCCCCGCUCGACAACCCCUGCGAGCAGCGCCGACGUCGGUACUUUAGGUACGCCCACGCCCAGGUGGAGUUCGAGCUGCAGCUGACCGCGCGGGCGCCCAGCAAGUGUGGCAUCUGCAGCUGCACCCUUGCCGUACUGCCGCCGGGCACGCGGGAGUAUCCGCCCAACCCGCUCCUCGAGGUGGCCUUCGACGCCUCCGCGGAGGAGCACCUGCACUUCUACAUCUCCUCGAGCCAUUUCGACUCGAACAGCACCUACGGCGUGGCCCUGAACUGGGUGCUGCGCCCGGGCAGCGGUGGCAGUGGCGCUGUUGCAGCCAGCGCCGCGAGACGUUGCUGAGCGACGGGGCACAUCGCAGAUCCUCCUC